AUGCAUGGUCAAGUCCAUAAGAACAUGCACUGGCUGACAGAUUUAUGCAAGAGAGUCUGUGCUGCAGCCAAGAACAUGUUUGGCACAAAUAUCUCCAGAGAGUCAGGAAUGGCUGAGAAAACUGAGCAAAUGGGGAGUCAACUGAAUUGUCUCCACCCUUCCUCUGGAAAUAGCUCUUCUCCGUUUCCUGCGCCUCAUGUUCUUCUAUUCUUCUUCUGCUCCCCAGAUACCAAAACUAGUUGCAAGUACAGAACUGCUAAGAAGAUGAUCCUCGCAGAAUUAGAUUCUUCGGUGCAGAGCAUCUCACCAACAGAGAGUUUACCACAAAAUGUAUUAAAGUUGGAUACUAUGCAGGAAAACCCCUUGCUGUCAGAUAUUUCUCGACAGAGCACAUCAUUAAAUGGCACAUCGAUGCAAAGCAUCUCACAGUUACCUGCAUUGUUACCAUGUAAGGAAACCGAAUUGGAUCAAUACCCUCAGUUAAUUAGUUUACAGUUGACUUCACCUUGUCACCAGACAGACACUCCUGACUCUAAUAAAGCAGAGUAUAUAGUCCUUAAUGACAAAAAGGAAACAGUGAAGUCAUUGAACUCCAGUCAUGAAAGUACUAUGUGCCCUUUAGAUGACUUCAGCCUGCAACCCAUUGAAUUCAUGUCACCAGUUAUCAAGAAGAAUGAUAGCUGGCAAAAGAGUCCACAAAUGCCAAAUACAUCACCAAUUAUGAAGCCAUCGGGCACCAAUGAGAGUCCUGGAGAUGUACAGAUCUGUAAUAGACAAACAAACUUGAAUUCAAACUUAAUGCAUACUGAAGUAUUGGAAAGAAAGCCUGAAGAGGUGACAUCCAGGGAAAAUCGAAUUCAGCUUGAAGACAGUCUGGAUCUAAUUAAGCCAGACAUACCUACAACUCUUACUGAGACUAGAGUCACAACCUCCCCAUUCUUUUUGCAGGAAUUAAAUUCUAUACAACCAAGUAAUGAAAUGUUGUUGCAAGAAAAUACAUUUCACUUUGAAGUGGAUAUUUUUCAGUUAGCUAAAAAAGAAAUCCCACAAGAAGGAUGUUCAUCCCAGUUGGACAAACUAGAUUCCCCAUUACAAAAACAGGACAUCAACAUCCUAGCAUCCGUAUCACAUGUUCAAGACAACAACUCUCAGUUAAAAGAACAUAACGUUGAGUUACAUGAAAACAUAGCACAGAUGAUGUUGCACAAUGCUUCAUUACCUGAACCACAUUUAUCAUCGGAACACAGUACUUCUCCAUUAAUGGGAAAAGACUUGCCAUUAAAAGAAAGUGCAUUACAGUUACAAGAACAGGGUAAUGUUUUAGAAAUGAAAAAAUCUUUGUGUGACAAAGAUGGACAGUUGUCAGGAGAAACCACACAAUCUUCAAUUGCAUUGAAAUUCCUGGUGAAACACAACAGUUUACAACCAGACAGUGUCUGUCUGGUGGACUCUCAGGCCUUCGAACUCACAAACUUACAAGCCCAAUCUUUAAAUUCAGUAGUCCAUGGACAAGACAUGGCAGGAGCAGGUCUUGAAGUGCCAGACAGUCAGUUGUUAGGAGUCCUAGAUGAGAACUUCAAUGAUUCUGAUCAGGUUUUCAAUGACAUCAUAACUACUACCCCUACAUCCUCAGAAUCCAAUCAGAAGAACAAUAUGCAGCCUCCCAAGCCUAUGCCCCAUGUCAAAUGUCUGUCAUCUAAGCCUUCCAGAGGAGAGGAUGCUUCAAACAUUGUUCAAGGGCUGAUCACUGAGCUGUCUGAUCUCAACCGUCUCAUAAUGACCACACACCGAGACCUAAGACAGAAGAGAGGCAAAAUCCCCCCAGCUAGAGGGACUAUCACUGGACGAAAGAAACGCAGGGAAAUAUAAGCCUAAAUCAUGGUAAUGUCAUCUUGAUGAAUCUCUCCAAGCCCUCCCUCUGUUACAA